AGUGCUAUUACUAGCAAGAAGAGCCCAAUGGAAGUCCUGCGUCCAACACUUAUAAGGAUUGGAGAGUGCAUUUACAGGAAGAAUUUCAUUCAAGAGCAAUCCUGUCAGAAUGAAGAGGAGGAUGAUUUCUAUACAGGCCCUGGGGAUUGUGCAGAUGAGCCUUGUGAUGCCUUCACAGUGGAAGAGACUGAGAGAGGUUUUCAAUGCAAAUUGGAAGCCCCCAGUCCACUAUACAAGUAUAUAAUUGGGAAGAAAGGAGAAACCAAGAAGAGGCUGGAAAUGGAGACCAGAACAUCUAUCAGCAUUCCAAAGCCUGGAAUGGAAGGAGAAAUUGUGAUUACAGGACAGCAGCGUAGUGGUGUCAUAUCGGCCCAAACACGGAUUGAUGUUCUGCUCGAGAGUUUCCGCAAGAAGCAGCCUUUUACACACUUCCUGUCCUUUGCCCUUAAUCAGCCAGAGAUCCAGCAGAAGUUUCUGCAGUUUAAGGAGGAAGUAUUGGAGAAAUGCUCAAAGGAUCGUGGAGUUAGUAGCACUUUGUUCCAGAACCCAGCAAAGCUCCAUCUGACUCUCGGGACACUGGUACUGCUGAAUGAGCAGGAGAUACAGAAGGCUUGUGAAAUCCUGCAGAGAUGUAAAGAGGACUUUGACAAAAUUAUUGGAGGCAAACCCCUCCCUGUGGAGAUGACAGGGAUAGAAUACAUGAAUGAUGACCCUGCCAUGAUGGAUGUUCUUUAUGCAAAAGUCUGCAUGAAAGAUAGAUCAGACAAACUGCAGGUUAUAGCUGAUAGAUUGAUGGAGCACUUUGUGAGCUCUGGGCUGAUGAUCAAAGAGUGGGAUAGAGUAAAACUCCAUGCUACUGUCAUGAACACUCUCUUUAGGAAAGACCCAAAUGCUGUAGAGCGAAACUAUAUAAAUAUAGGAAAAUCACCCUUCAAGGAAAGGGAAUCAUUUGAUGGCCGAAAUAUAAUGAAGUUCUUUGAGAACUUCUACUUUGGAGAACUGCAGCUGAAUUCAGUCCAUCUUUCUGAGAGGUUCUCCACAGUCAGCUCUGGUUACUAUGCAACAUCUGGACAGCUUACCUUUUCCUAAAGUGCAGGCUCAGCUGACCGAACCAACCUGCUCUGUACCCAAAACUGCAUGACAAGCAGCAUGUUGAUUAAAACAAUUAACAUUUGAUAAUGGACAGAGACCAUUUCUUUUAUGGACUCAACAAAGAUUGAGAGCCCAUGUUAUCCUUUCUACCACAGUCACUGAUGUUGCAUUUUCUUGGCAGAAGUCUCCUGCAGUCCCUCUGCCAGACAUCCCAUAUCAACUCAGUAACCUGUGAUUCCCUUCCCGCUCUAUCACACACUUCCCCCUCUAUUAACACUUUGGUUUCUGAGUAGGGGAAAUAUGAAAAUGAGUAUCCUCAGUAUGAAGCAGCAUUCUUAGCUAAAAAAGUUUCAGCUUAUUUCCUUUUUUCCCUCAGAUGCUUAAUGCCUUCGUACACAUAUGAAAACAACAUUUAUUUUUCUAUAAAUGUUGUCAUGUUUUUCCAUCCAUCACAUAUUUAUUUUUCUCCCUGCCUCAGCUUCCUCCCUUCCCCUUCAACCUUGUUCCUAAGCUAUUUUGUUUACUCCUCUAUAGGCUUACUUUAAAGCCUAAUUAAGGAAGUAGAAAGCCUCCCAGUGAAAUCACUGGGCUCUGGGUGAGGCUUUCUGUUUGGAUGGUAACAUCACUAUGCAACUGUUAGAGCUUGGUCCGGGGAUCUCUUUUGGAUUUUAUCACUGGUAAUAAAAACAGGAAUGUUGCAUGUGUCUGUUCCCAUUUGUCAGUAAACUGCUUGUCAUGGAUGAACAGAAGAGAUGCAUAUAUAUCUUGGGAUCAGCCACCCAGAAAUACACACUCAGGCUUUCUCAUAGGAGUUGGCUACCCAACAACCAACACUGUUUAUGCCGUGGAAAGAGAUGAUAUACUCCUGAAAGCUUCUUGAUGUGUUUCACUUUAACAAUUGCCACCCAGAAGCAAUCUAUGCAUCGAAUAACACUAAAUAUUAAAACUCCAAGGGGACACAGAAAACUAUUUUUAUUCUCUUCGUGUGCAAUUCCCCCAGAAGCUUAGCAAUAAAAUUUCCUUCCUGACUACUUUUGUCCCUUAUUACCCACUAUUGAUUUUUUUUCUCAUUGAGGUUGACUCUUUUUGACGUUUUGGGCUAGAUUCUGCCACUGACAGCAGUGCAGAAUGUCAUUUCCUACUCUGAGUAAUCCUACUGAAACUGGUAUGGCUACUUGCAUUAUUUUCUGGGAAUAAAAGUGGCAGAACACAGCCUUUGAGUACUAAUACCAUAUCAAAUGGCUAUUUUUUAAAUUAAUGGUAGCAAAAAUCCUAGAUGUUUAAACGUUUUUAACAAGAUACACUCACAAAGCUGGGGGCUGGAGGGGGAGACAGAAUAUCAGGAAGGCAUCUAGCCUAAUAUCUCUGGCAAACCAUCUCAGAUAAGAUUUACCAAAUCAUCACCAUUUAUGGUUGUGUGUUGAUCUUCAGCUACUUAGUGAUACCAGUCUGUAGGCACUAGAUAAAUUCAUUGCAUGUUGUUUCAGUCUCCUGGUAAUAGGAAGGGCUUGCUCCUGCUGUCAUUACUUCCUAUAAAUAAUUACACGUGCUUACAUUUACAUCUGUGCCUUAACAGUGCUAUGCUUGAAUGCAAAUGUUUGAGAAAUACUGUCUUUCUUUGCAAAUAAGUCUAUGUCAAUAAGGGCACAGUUCAAUAAAAUAGGUUGGCACACUUGAGUUCAGUGGUGUUAUCUGCAAACACUGUUGCAUCUCACUAACAUGGCACAGAGGGAGCGCACAGAUGCAAUAAAGCAGGGGUGUCAAACUCAUCUUGCCUUGCAGACUGGAUGAGGGUCACUGGGCCACUCUGGGUCAGACCAAGACCAACGCCCUGUGCAGCGCCAGGAGGUGCCAGGUCCAGCUUGCAUGCCACAUGCAUUAUGUGGGGUCAGGGCUAGCACAUAGUGUCAGUCCAGUGACACACAGGCCAGGUCAUACAGAUCCACAGGCCUGAUUAGGCCUGUGGAUCUGUAUGUUUUGACUCCCCUGCAACAAAGCACUGGUAUAAUUGUUCCUGCCAUCAGAACAAAUGAGAGCAGAACAGAACUUUUGGCAAUGGAUUUGGAAGAGUGUUCCUAUAUAAGUAUUUGUAAAAUACAUAUUCAUAACUUAAUUUUACUUAAAUAUGAAUUAUAAUUGAAUAGCAAUUUAUGAAAGUGCUGUAUGGAAGAUACUAUAGAGAUUAACCUAAGUUGUUAUAUCCCAGCUUCUGUUAUUUUUUGCAAAGCCUCUUUUCAGGCUAAAUGUCAACUUAAGCAAGGAGGUUGUACUUGCACACGAUUAAUCUGUGGCUUCUUCUCCCUCCUUAGAAAUAUUUUUGAAAACUUAAGUGUGGAUCCUGUAUGUAUUGGUUCUGUAUCUACAUGGAAUUCAGUAAAGAGAGAUGCAAGAUAAGAAUGUGGUGCAGUUGGUCUGCUCAGUGCACAAACUUGCAUAAUCUUAAAGUGAAUACACUUCUGGGGCAUGAACCAUGACAUGUCUUUGAAAGUAUUUAUCUUUAAUAAAAUAUACCAAAACUGG